AUGGCCAUCACAUCUCUCGUCGCUUGGGCGGCGGGGCCCGCCACUAGCUUCUCGUGUGUGCGAAUCUGCACCCUCGCCGUAACUUCAAUAGUGCUCUACUUCGUCAUCAAUGAAAUCAUACGAGCAAAGUCCCGCAUCAAGGGCCUGGCCGGCCCGCGAGGCCUUCCCCUCAUCGGCGUGCUCUGGGACAUCAGGACGAACGCGGCUGAGCAGUACCGCAGAUGGGCGAAACGGUAUGGGGACGUCUAUCAGGUCCAACUGGGCAACGUGACUGUCGUCGUGGUCAACUCGGCCGAGUCGGCGCGGACACUAUUCGGCCACAACUCGCAGGCGCUCUCCUCAAGGCCAGAGUUCUAUACCUUUCACAAGGUCCUUUCUGACACGGCUGGCACGACAAUCGGAACGUCGCCCUACUCGGAAUCUCUUAAACGCCGUCGCAAGGCCGCGGCGUCGGCGUUGAACAGGCCAUCGGUGGCCAGCUACGUUGGAAUUUUGGACCUGGAAACGCGCGAUUUUGUGCUUGAGAUGGUUGCUUACGGCAAGCAUGGUACCAAAGCCAUCGACCCGAUGCCGAUGAUCCAGAGGCUGUCGCUGUCGCUUGCUCUGACAUUGAACUGGGGCAGCAGGGUUGCAUCGCAGCACGAUGGACUCUUUUCUGAAAUCACCCACGUCGAAGAGGAGAUAUCCAAGUUCCGCUCGACCACUGGGAACCUGCAAGACUACGUCCCGCUUCUGCGCAUAAACCCAUUCAACGGCCACUCGGCACGCGCACGUGAAAUGCGCAACAGGCGGGACGUGUACCUGAAGCAUCUGGACGAUGAUCUCCGCAGGAGGAUGGCGGCGGGGACGCAGAGACCAUGUAUUCAGGCCAACAUCAUCCUCGACGACAACGAUAUCAAGGCAGACAGUGCUCAGCGGUUAUCCAAGGCCGAGAUGACCAGUAUCAGCCUGACCAUGCUGAGCGGUGGCCUGGACACCAUAACGACAAAUGUCGCGUGGUUCAUUGCCCUUCUGGUGCAGCGGCCAGACAUACAGGAAAAGGCCCACCUCGAAAUCCGCAAACACUUGAUUGACCAAGUGCAGCCCGACAGGUCUGACCCCCUCGGGCUGUGCGAUGCCGAGGACGACCAGGGCUGUCGGUACGUCGCGGCGCUGGUGCGUGAGAGUCUGCGGUACUACACGGUGCUGCGCCUGGCCCUGCCACGUGUCUCUGUGCGCGAAGUCGUCCACGAGGGCGUGGUCCUUCCGCGUGGGACGGUGUUUUUCCUGAAUGCAUGGGCGUGCAACAUGGAUGCCAAGGUCUGGACGGAUCCCGAGGUGUUCCGCCCAGAACGCUGGCUAGAGCAGCCGGACGCGCCACUGUUUACGUAUGGCGUAGGGUAUCGAAUGUGCGCCGGCUCUAUGUUGGCCAACAGGGAGCUUUAUUUGCUUUAUAUGCGUCUGAUUGCUCACUUUAAAAUCGAUCCGGUGCCGGCAAAAGACGGUUGUGAUGGCAUCGACGUGGUGGACUGCCACCCGGUGUCGGGCAACUGCGAUCCGACGAGCUUGGUAGCGAUUCCGCGGCCAUACAAGGUAUUGUUUGUGCCGCGAGACCUCGAUUUUAUUGGAAUGAGUGUUGCCUAG